AUGGCCUCCCGCGUCUCUCUGGCCGUCGCGACGCGUGUCUUGCUGCUGCUGGGGCGGUCGCGGGACGCGGCGCAGGCCCUCGGCGUGGCAGAGAGUCGGCUCGCCGGGGACGCGGGUCUGACGGGCGCCGCGCGCCGCGCCCUGCUGAGCCAGAUCGAGCAGCUCCAAGCGAAAGCCCGCAAGCGGGAGGGCGACCCGGCGCCGGGGGCGUCACUUGGUGGCUGCCCGGGGUAUCCUGCCGGGAGAGAGCCUGAGCUCCAAGCGAAAGCCCGCAAGCGGGAGGGCGACCCGGCGCCGGUGUCUGCGGCGCUCGACGGGGCUCGGGAAGGCCGGGAGCCCCGGGAAGAGAAUAGCAACCUCCCGGGCGCAUCUUCCUCCGUGAGCUUGAGCUUCGAUGCUUCCAGGGGGCGUCACUUGGUGGCUGCCCGGGGUAUCCUGCCGGGAGAGAGCCUGUUGAGCGAGGAGGCCUUUGUAAGCGUGCUCAACCCAGGGGAGCAACUGCUGCCGCUGGAUGGUGUUGAAACCACGUGGGAUACCAGUAUCGCUAACGAGGACCUUUACUGUCACCGCUGCUUAAAGCAGCUCUUGGCCUCCGUGCCCUGCAGAGGCUGUAGCUACGCAAAGUACUGCAGCCAGGAGUGUGCGCGGCUGGCAUGGGAGCGCUACCACCGGACAGAGUGCGCCCUGGGGGCGCUGCUGCUCGCGCUGGGGGUCUUCUGCCACGUUGCCCUAAGGACGGUUCUGGUGGCUGGAUUUGCAGAGGUUAGCAGGCUGGUGAAGCAGGCUUAUGGAAACGACCAGGAAUUUCAGACCGCCGAGACCAGCAGGAAAUAUGCUGAUGAGACGCCAAACUCCAGAUCUGGUACGGAGGGACCGUGUGAGAAAGGGGAGUCCCCGAUUCCUGGGUGUGAUGGCCGUGGGCAGUACCAGAGUUCUUACCAAGCUGUCUUCCAUCUUCUGCCACAUGCUGAAAAGCACAGCCCUGAACACAAAUUUCUUUGCUGCCUGAGCGUGGUAGCGCUGUGCAAGCAACUGCAAGAAGCCGGUCUGGAGGCCACCUUCCUCAGGCAGGGCUCACCUGAGAGCCAGCGCAAGGGGGAAGCGUGUGAGACGGUGUCCGCUGAGCUGGAGAUUCUGGGAGAGGCAAUGCUGAGGCAUAUGUUACAGCUACAAUGUAAUGCACAAGCCAUGACUGGAAUCCAGGAGUCAGGGUGUGGAGAUGGCACUGUAGUAAACAGGGAGCAAGUACGUCUGGCCACAGCCUUCUUUCCUGUGCUCAGCCUCCUUAACCAUUCCUGCAACCCCACCACUAGUGUGAUGUUCAGUGGGACAGCUGUCACAGUCAGAGCUUCACAGCCAAUUCCAAAAGGGCAAGAGAUUUUCCAUUGCUAUGGGCCUCACAGAUGCAGAAUGGGGGCUGCUGAGAGACGGCAGCGACUUCUUUCUCAGUAUUUCUUUGUGUGUCAAUGCCAGGCCUGCCGAGAGGAGUUAGGGUCUGAUAUCACCUGCAUACCAUCCACAACAGACACAUUCUGCUGUCCCCACUGCCAAGCUUCAAUGCAGGGGGAAGACCUGCUCCAGUGUUCCAGUGGAGCCUGUGCACUUGCUGUCAGCAGGGAUCAUCUUUCGGGGCGGUUGCAGGACCUUCAGGGGCGAGUCAGGAGAGCACUGGAACUGCUCAAAGACGACAAGCUCGAGGAAGCUGUAGAGCUGCUGCUGAUGUGCCUGAUGGAUGCCGAGCACUUCCUGUCCCCGAAGCAUACGCUGAUGGGAGAGAUUGAGGAUCAUCUGGCUCGGGGUUAUGCCAGCCUUGGGAAGUGGCAGGAAGCAGCCAGACACCUACAGAGCAGUAUUCGGGUUGUGGAAGCAUGUCAUGGUUCAUCCAGUGUGGAAAUGGGUCAUGAGCUCUUUAAGCUGGCACAGAUCCUUUUCAAUGGGUUUGCAGUGUCAGAAGCUCUGAGAACAAUUCAAAGAGCAGAGGAGGUUUUAUCUGUGCACUGUGGUUCUGGGAGUGCCCAGGUCCAGGAACUGAAAGAGAUGAAAGCCUGUUUGCUGGAGCUGCCCAGAAACCUCCUUCCCAGGACUGAAAAUCCAUAAUGAGGGGAGCUGCAUUACUGAGCUCUCACCAGGGAGCUGAGUUCCAUGUGGUAAGGCAGCCAAGCAGCACCACCUGGGGACAUGGAGCCUGGCUACAGGCUGGAUGAAUGCUGAAGUGCCCUCAAGUGAGAGCCAGAGUGAAUGAAGUUGAACAAGGCUGAAAGGGGAAAGGGUCUCCAUGCGGCAUUGAUGGAAGGGAUGUCUUGGAUGCUGCUGUAUAAUUUCCUAAUUUUCUCUUGAGGCAAACACUUGAGAUCCCAUUGUACAACUUCCUGAAGUUGAUUCUUCCCUGUGGGUUGAAUGUUAUCCCCUGCCAACAUGCCCUAUUACGUGUUUUCAACCACAGCAACACCACCUGCUGCUCGGCACGUUCAUUCCCAGAAACGUGAUUCACUGUAGGCUGAAAUGAGGGAGGCAGCGUGUUGGGAAAUGUCACCUUAAAUGCCACAAGAAUUGGGGUCAAAACAGUGGGGCUUACCCAGGGGAGGGGGAGAAGGGGGAGACAUGGUGCUGGAGGAACUAAGUACAAGGACUGGAGUUAUGCUAUA